AUGACUUUCUUCCGCAUCACCCUCCUGCGUUCCGCUAUCGGUCUGCCCCGCCGCUCCACAGAUGUUCUCAAGGCCCUCGGCCUGAAAAAGCGUAUGGCCACAGUUUUCCACCCCGUGUCUUCGUCCGUGGCCGGUCAGAUCAUGAAAGUCAAGGAAUUGGUCGAGGUACAGGAAGUCGACCGCUCAAUGACCAAGCAAGAGGUCUGGCUUGAGCGCAAGCCUGAUCCUGGAUACUAUGUUGAGAAGACCUCUGUGCAGGAGCGCGGAGAGAUGGGUCAACAGUAA